UAAAUAGCCCAGGAGGAGCUAUUUCUCCUGACCCUCCUGUCCUCACCAUGGGGGGCUCUGCUCUCUACCUGGUGGCCGUGUUUGCUUUCUACUUCCCGGCUGUUUCUCACAGCCAACUCUACUCCCUGAUCACACCCAACGUCCUGCGGGUGGAGAGUGAAGAGAAGGUCGUGGUGGAAGCCCAUGGCCUCAGUGCCCCAGUCGCAGUUACAAUCAUCGUGCAGGACUUCCCGUUUAAGAAAAACAUCUUAUACCAGGUCCAAACCAACCUCAACAAGGAGAAUGGGAUGAUGGGCACAGCCAUAAUAAAGGUUCCAACCAAAGACAUAAAGAAGGAUUCCAAACAAAACCAGUAUGUUGUGGUCAAGGCUACGUUCCCUCAGCAAACCCUGGAGAAAGUGGUUCUGGUCCAUUUCCACAGUGGAUACAUCUUUAUCCAGACAGACAAAACCAUCUAUACACCCGGGUCUACAGUCCUCUACCGGAUCUUCACUGUGGGUCACAAACUGGAACCGGUGUCUAAGACAGUGAUCGUGGAGUUUGAGACCCCUGAGUCCAUUAUUGUCAAGCAGAUUCCCAUCUCCGCCCCCUUGAAAUCAGGCAUCUUCUCCCUGAGCCAUAACUUGCCGGAGAUUAUCAGUCUGGGAACCUGGAAGAUCACAGCCAAGUAUGAAGACUCCCCUCAGCAGACCUUCAGUGCACAAUUUGAUGUUAAGGAGUACGUGUUGCCAAGUUUCGAAGUCAUAUUGGAACCAUCUGAGAAGUUUUUAUACAUCGAUAGCAAUGAAGACUUCAGGGUUUCUAUCACUGCGAAGUACCUAUAUGGGAAAAAACUAGAUGGCUAUGCCUUUGUCCUCUUUGGGGUGAAGAUGGAUGAUGAGAAGAGGAGUAUCCCACAGUCUCUCAAGAGAAUCUCGAUAGAAGACGGAGAUGGGGAAGCAACGCUGACCAGAGCGAUGCUGCAGGCUCGGUUUGCCAACCUGAACGAACUGGUUGGCCACUCGCUCUACAUCUCUGUCACCGUUUUGACAGAAUCUGGCAGCGACAUGGUUGAAGCAGAGAGAACCGGAAUUAACAUUGUGAUAUCUCCCUAUCAGAUCCACUUCACAAAAACACCCAAGUACUUCAAGCCAGGGAUGCCAUUUGAACUCAUGGUCUACGUCACAAACCCCGAUGGCUCUCCAGCCCCCCGUGUCCCAGUACAGGCUGAAGGAUUCCAGUCAGCUGGGUCCACCCAGAGAGAUGGAACUGCCAAGCUGAUUAUAAACAUGCCCGGGAAUAAGCAACAGGUUCCCAUCAUGGUAAAAACUGCCCAUCCCAACCUCCCAGCAAACCGCCAGGCCUCUAAGUCCAUGGUGGCUGAAGCCUAUCAGUCCCAAGGAGGGUCUCAAAACUAUCUCCAUCUGGCGGUGACGGCUUCUGAGCUCAAACCUGGAGACAACUUACCUGUGAACUUCCACCUGAAGAGCAACAAUCCAGCUGUUCUGAACCAGAUCCAGUAUUUCACCUAUAUAAUCCUGAACAAAGGGAAGAUCAUUCGUGCAGGGAGACAGGCCAGGCUGGCGGGACAAAAUCUGGUGACCAUGUCCCUGCCCAUCACUCCAGACCUCAUCCCUUCAUUCCGCAUCGUGGCUUAUUACCAAGUAGGAAAUUCGGAGAUUGUAGCAGACUCGGUCUGGCUGGAUAUCCAGGACACUUGCAUGGGAACGCUAGUGGUGAAAGGAGCCUCCAACGAAGACGACAGGAGAAUCCAUGAGCCAGGAACGCCAAUGAAACUCAAGCUGGAAGGAGAUCACAGAGCUUAUGUCGGCCUGGUGGCUGUGGACAAAGGUGUCUACGUUCUGAACAAAAAGCACAAAAUUACACAAUCUAAGAUCUGGGACUCGGUGGAGAAGAGUGACAUUGGCUGUACAGCUGGCAGUGGAAAGAACAAUCUGGGGGUAUUUACGGAUGCUGGACUGGCCCUGGAGACAAGCAAUAGGAUUUCCACCACCCAGAGAACAGAUCCAGAGUGUCCACAGCCAGCAAAACGCCGGCGCCGCUCCGUUCAGCUCAUUGAGUAUAAGGCAAUCAAAACGGCAGAUUACCAGGACCGGAAGCUGAAGAAAUGCUGUGAAGACGGGAUGCAUGAGAACCCCAUGGGGCACAGCUGCGAGAAGCGGGUUGGGUACAUCCUGGAUACGGAUGAAUGCAAGAAGACCUUCCUCGACUGCUGCAAUUAUAUCAAGACCAUACGUGACAAGCUGCAGCGGGAGCUCCAUCUGGAACUUGCAAGAAGUGAUCUGGAUGAAGAUUUCAUGUCUGACGAAGAUAUUACCUCAAGGAGCCAGUUUCCAGAGAGCUGGCUGUGGCAAGUGGAGCAACUGACUGAGCGACCAAAUGAACUGGGAAUUUCUUCCAAGACGGUGUCCAUUUUCCUGAAGGAUUCCAUCACCACCUGGGAAGUCCUGGCUGUGAGCCUUUCAGAGACCAAAGGGAUCUGUGUGGCUCACCCCUAUGAGAUAACAGUAAUGAAAGAUUUUUUCAUCGACCUCCGUCUGCCCUACUCUGUAGUGAGGAAUGAGCAGGUGGAAAUCCGGGCUAUUCUCUACAACUAUCGGGAACAAACAAUUAAGGUCCGGCUGGAGCUGAUGCACAACCCAGUUUUCUGCAGCGCAUCCACUUCCAAGGCUAAAUACCGGCAGAUCCUUAACAUCAAAGCCAAGUCCUCCCUGGCUGUGCCAUUAGUGAUUGUCCCAUUGCAGCUGGGAUCUCAUGACAUUGAGGUCAAGGCAGCGGUGUGGGGCAGUUUUGUGUCUGAUGGCGUGAAGAAGAAACUGAAGGUUGUGCCGGAAGGGAUGAGGAUGUCCAAAACAGUUAAGUCUGUAGUACUGGAUCCAUCUGCGAAAGGACCAGGGGGAGUCCAGGAAGAGAAGGUGAAAGCGGCAGAUAUAGAUGACAGGGUUCCAGACACAGAAUCGGAGACCAAAGUCAGCAUCCAAGGAAACCCUGUGACAAUCAUUGUCGAAAACUCCAUCGACGGGGCCAACCUGAAGCACCUCAUUGUGACACCGUCUGGUUGCGGGGAACAGAACAUGAUCGGCAUGACCCCCCCGGUCAUCGCCACCAUCUACCUGGACAGCACCGAGCAGUGGGAAAGGAUUGGGGUGGAACGUAGGGCGGAAGCCAUCAAGUUGAUCAUGCAAGGUUACACGCAGCAGAUGGUUUACAAAAAACCCGACUUCUCAUACGCCGCUUUCAAAGACCGGCCAGCAAGCACUUGGCUGACGGCGUAUGUGGUGAAGGUCUUUGCCAUGGCUAAGAAACUGGUGCCCAUUGAAAACCAAGUUGUCUGUGGGGCAGUGAAAUGGCUGAUCCUGGAAAAGCAGAAACCAGACGGAGUCUUCCAAGAAGAUGCCCCUGUAAUCCACGGAGAGAUGGUUGGAGGGUACAAGGGUGCUGAGCCUGACGUCUCUUUAACGGCUUUUGUGUUGAUUGCAUUGGAAGAGGCCAAGGAAAUCUGCAAAGAUCAAGUCAACAGUUUGGAAGGCAGCAUCAGCAAAGCCGCUGACUACUUAGCCCAAAGGUACCAGUCUCUAUCCAGACCUUACACUAUGGCUCUUGCAUCCUAUGCCUUAGCGAUGGUGGGGAAACUGAACACCGAGAAAGCACUCAUGAAAGCUUCGACAGGGGGAAAUCGCUGGGAAGAGCGAAACGCCCGCACCUUCAACAUAGAGGGCACCUCGUACGCCUUGCUGGCCUUGCUGAAAAUGAAGAAAUAUGAGUUGGCCGGUCCCAUAGUCAGAUGGCUGAGAGAGCAGAACUACUACGGAGGAGGAUAUGGAUCUACCCAAGCGACCAUCAUGGUGUUCCAGGCUCUUGCGCAGUACCAGAUAGACGUUCCGCAGCAGAAAGACAUGGAUUUGGACAUUUCUAUUCUCCUGCCACGCCGUGCUAGUCCGAUAAACUACAAAAUCAUAAACCAGAAUGCUCUGGUGGCCAGAACAGCAGAGACCAAAUGGAAUGAAGAGAUCACUGUGAAGGCAGAAGGAACUGGACAAGGGACCUUAACCGUAAUGACGAUUUAUAAUGCAAAGCUACCGGAGGAUGAAUCUCAGUGUAAGAAGUUUGACCUGAGGGUAUCGGUCGAAGAAGCCCGGGGGGUUAAGAAGCCGGAAGGAGCCAUGCGUUCAGUCUAUAUUAAAAUCUGCGUCAGAUUCCUCGGUGUGGUUGAUGCCACAAUGUCCAUCGUCGAUGUCUCCAUGCUCACUGGCUUCUCACCGGACGUGGAAGAUCUUAAGAGACUUUCCCAAGGGGUCGACAGAUACAUUUCCAAGUUUGAAAUCGACAAAGCGCCAUCCGACAGAGGCAACCUCAUGAUCUACCUGGACAAGGUUUCUCACAGAGAGGAUGAAUGCCUGCAGUUUAAAGCUCACCAGUAUUUCGAAGUUGGUCUCAUUCAGCCGGCAUCCGUCACAGUCUACGACUAUUACACCAUAGAUGACCGGUGCACCAAGUUCUACCACCCGUCUAAAGAGGGUGGGCUCUUCAAUAAGAUCUGUCAUGGGGAAGUCUGCCGGUGUGCAGAAGAAAACUGCUUCAUGCAGCAGAAAAUAGAGGGUCCCAUCACCCUGAACAAGCGAAUGGAGGAAGCCUGUCAGCCUGGAGUGGAUUAUGUGUAUAAAACCAGGCUUGUUAGAAGUGAAGAAGUGGGUGGUUCUGACUACUACACCAUGAAAAUUCUGGAUAUCAUUAAAGCAGGGACUGAUGAAAAUCCACAAGGAAAAACCCGCCAAUUCAUCAGCCACAUAAAAUGCAGGGAGUCUCUGAGGCUGGAGCUUAACAAAGACUACUUGAUCUGGGGACUCAACACCGACUUGUGGCCCAGGAAAGCUGAGUUAUCCUAUAUCAUUGGCAAGGACACCUGGAUCGAGAAGUGGCCCAACGAGGACGAAUGCCAGGAGCCAGACUUCCAGAAACUCUGCCAAGAAUUCCUUGAGUUCUCUGAAGCCAUGACUAUGUUUGGCUGCCCAACCUAAACUUGGACCCAGUUUUCCCAGCAGCCCCAAUGGAACAGUAUGAGCUGAGAUGGAACAUCACACUCAGGUGGAGACAUCUCCACUCAGAGCCCCAAUGCUGCUGACACUCGCCACUAGCCCUGUCCUCUUUGGGGGUUUCACUCUCUUUUCUUCUUAUUGUUUCUAUAUAUAUAAAAGGCUGAUUUGUUA